AUGGUUUCAUAUUCUCUGUAUGUCGGCGAAUUUUAUUAUGGUUCUUGUCGAUACUUGAACGUGCACAGUGUUUCAAAUUGUGAAGAUCAACCAAAGAAACUGAAAGUAUGUCUCACACCGUUAAGGGGACACACGGUCCAGUUUUUUUUUGGUCCCUACGACUACGAUGGUCAUAGAUAUGGAGCGAAUCCUCUUCAAAAGACGAGCAUUUAUUCUUGGCAAAUACCCGAUCAGACAGGUCAAAUAAAAUAUUAUGUCGAUGCAAUUGACCCCAACAAAUCCAACUGGCUUCGUUACAUAAAUUGUCCAAAUACUCUUCGUCAACAAAAUCUCAUAUCAUUCAUAUACAACAAUGAUAUUUUCUAUUUGGCAAUCAUGACACAAAUACAAAUCAAUACAUUAAGUUAUUUAUUCAUAAAACAUUUUCACUGUUUUUCAAUGAACUUUCCACAAUGUCUGCUCUUGAAUUGUUGCGUUUUGAGACAUCAAAGGAUAAAGCAGAACGGCGAGUGAACGGUAACAUACUGAUAAAAAGUAAAACGAGACGAUCAAACAUACAGAAUAAGAAAAUGGUAAAGCAAGAAAUACGAUAACAUAACCAUCUGUUCAGCAUCGUAUUCAGUUGGUGUUAUUUAAAUAUUGUCCCAUCAUCACAAAUUCUGAGUAUGAAGCAGAAUUAUGUUUUCCUCUGGUUGAUGUAACAAUAAGACGAUAGCUUCUGAAUGACGCUACGUUCGUUGCUACAGUUUGUGUUGUGCCAUGGGAUGACCUGUUUAGACUUUCAGUGAGACCUGAAGAGCCACUAUAGAUUAGAGUCCAACUUUUUCCAAGGGGUAAUUCCGAUUGAUCAUUGUUACUGCCUUCGAUCGUGAUUGUCAUCGGA